AUGUCUUACGCCCAUCUAGGGGCACCGACCGUGUUCAACGGGACAGGCUCCCUGGGCGGUGAUGCCAGAACCGAAAACCUGAACCAAUGGUAUCAGUCCGGAGACCAGGCCUUCAUCCUCGUGAGCGCCUGCAUGGUGCUUCUCAUGGUACCUGGCGUCUCCUUUCUCUACUCGGGCCUCGCUCGUCGAAAGUCGGCCCUGUCCAUGCUCUGGGUCACCCUCAUGUCCUUUAGUGUCAUCGUCUUCCAGUGGUACUUUUGGGGCUACUCGUUAGCCUUCAGCUCGACCUCCAACAAUGCAUACAUCGGCAACCUCAACCACUUUGGCCUCCAGAGGGUCUUGGCCACCCCGUCUGUUGGCUCUCCCCUGAUCCCGGCCCUCCUCUACUCCUUCUACCAGAUGAUGUUCUGCGCAGUUACCGCCUGCCUGACCGUCGGAGCCGUUGCCGAACGUGGCCGGGUCGUCCCGAGCAUGGUCUUCUGCUUCUUCUGGGCCACCCUCGUCUACUGCCCCCUGGCCUACUGGGUGUGGAACGCCAACGGCUGGGCAUUCAAGAACGGCGUCCUCGACUAUGCCGGUGGUGUCCCUGUCGAGAUCGGUUCUGGAGUCUCAGCCCUUGCCUAUUCCUGGGUCCUUGGCCGCCGAAACGAGAAGAUGAUGAUGAACUUCCGGCCCCACAACAUCUCUCUCAUCACCCUCGGCACCGUCCUUCUGUGGUUCGGAUGGCUGGGCUUCAACGGAGGAUCUGCCUUUGGAGCCAACCUCCGAGCCGUCAUGGCCUGUUGGAACUCAUGUCUCACUGCCAUGUUCGCCGCCAUGACUUGGUGUCUCCUUGAUUUUCGCCUUGCCAAGAAGUGGUCCAUGGUCGGUUGGUGUUCAGGUACCAUCUCGGGCCUGGUUGCUGCUACUCCGGCUUCUGGUUUCAUAACCCCAUGGGCCAGCAUUAUCUUGGGGGUUGUUGCUGGCGUCUGCUGUAACUUUAGCACCAAGAUCAAAUUCCUUAUCCGCAUCGAUGACUCUCUCGACGUCUUCGCCGAACACGGCAUCGGCGGCAUGGUCGGCCUCAUUUUCAACGCCUUUUUCGCGAGCAGCAACAUUAUCGGUCUCGACGGAGUCAACAGCGGUCUCGCCGGUGGCUUUGUCGACGGCAACUAUGUCAUCAUCGGGUGGCAGAUUGCUGCUAUUGUCUCGGCUUCUGCCUACGCCUUUGUCAUGUCCGCCAUCAUCGCCAAGAUUAUCGAUCUCAUCCCCGGUCUUAAGCUGCGUGCCUCGGAAGAAGCCGAGCUUCUUGGCAUGGACGACGACCAGCACGGCGAAUUCUCCUACGAUUAUGUCGAAGUUCGACGCGACUUUUUGGCUUGGAGCCCCCAGCGCGAGGAGCCUGCGCACGAAGCCACAGUCAUGAUCGAGCCCCAGCACGGCAUCCAGGAGCAUGCCAACAUGGCCCGCUCUGCCAGCUUGGCAGACACGAGCGAAGAGAAGAAGGCUGCGUCCUUUGGGGAUGGCAGGGAGCGAUCCGAAAGUGCCGAGAUGACCGAAGGCAGCCAGAGCUCCGAGAAGAGCUCCGAGAAGAGUGAUUAA